CCCCCCUCCCCCGCCAACCCCGGGCGGCGGCGGGAGCGAGCGAGGCUCCGAGGACCGGCCGUGAUUAAUGGAUGCUUUGAAGUUGGCUUGCAUAUACAUCCUGAAAUGUUUUGCUACUUGAGGCCUGUAAGAAGGUUUUGUCUAGAGAAGAUAUUGCCACAGUGGUUCAUUCGUUCAAGAGCUUUAUCUGGAGCUGAAGCGGUCAAUGCUCUGAGACCGUUCUAUUUUGCAGUGCAUCCAGAUUUCUUUGGCCAGCAUCCCAGAGAGAGGGAAGUCAAUGAAAAUUCUCUUAAGAAGUUAAGUGUCUAUUUGGAAAGCAUACAGAAACCAGGGAUCAAGUCUUUAAAACCAACUCAGCUCACUUUUUAUGUUCGAGAAACGGAACAAAACUCUUCUGAGAGCCAGGAAUCCUUCAGUAUUUCAGGAUUUCGAGCUGUCAGUUUUACUUUGCACAACAGAGAUCUUCUAAGUACAGUGUUAGAUAUUCUCAAUGCCUGCAGUUUAUCUUCUGAGCAUGUCCAAACCUUGAGUGCAAAUGCGAGUUCUCAGCCAAGAAAAGAAUCAAAAAAUACAUUCUACAGGACUAUUAAAUGGGAUAAGACCUAUUACUCCUUUACUGGAUUCAAGGACCCUGAAGAAGAACUAGAACAAGCCCAGAGAGUUGAAACUACUCUGAUUUCCUGGCUAGGUAAUAAUGAAAAAAGUGCUAUAAAGAAGCUGAAGAAUAGUUUGCCACUGAGGGGAGAACUAGACCGUUUAAAAGAUGAACUGUCUCAUCAGCUGCAGCUCUCAGAUAUCAGGUGGCAGAGAAGCUGGGGGAUUGCUCAUCGAUGUAGCCAACUACACAGUUUAAGUCGUUUAGCUCAGCAGAACCUGGAAACACUUAAAAAUGCUAAAGGGCGAACAGUGAUGUUUACAGACCGCUCAGGGAUGAGUGCAGUAGGACAUGUGAUGCUUGGAACAAUGGAUGUCCAUCACCACUGGACAGAAAUUUUUGAAAGGCUGCCAAGUUAUUAUGACCUUCAGAGAAAACUGAUGCUGUUAGAAGACCAAAUAAGCCAACUUCUCGGAGGUAUGCAAGUAGUAUAUAUUGAAGAACUGCAGCCAUUAUUGACAAUUGAAGAAUAUUACCCUAUUAUUGAGUGUUUCUAUCAUAGACUGAUUAGCAGUAGAAUACCUUUUCACCCUCGAAGCCUGCGUGGUUUACAGAUGAUUCUCGACAAUGACAGAUAUGCUCCAAGCUUGCAUGAAUUUGGGCAUUUUAACAUCCCAGUAACAAACUGUGAUCCAGUAUCCCUCCAGUGGUUUAUCCUUACCAAAGCACAACAGGCAAGAGAGAACCUGAAAAAAAAGAAAGAGCUUAUGUUGAUGGAAAAUGACUUGAUCAGCACUUCCACGGAGAAAUUUUCUCUGAAGAAGCUUUAUAAGGAGCCCAGUGUUUCCAGUGCACAAAUGGUAGACUGUUGUAAGAGGUUGCUGGAACAAUCACUUCCAUAUUUGCAAGGCAUGCACCUCUGCAUUUCACAUUUUUACUCAGUUAUGCAGGAUGGAGACCUUUGCAUUCCCUGGAAUUGGAAGAGUUGAGUAGCCAUCUCAUAACAUAAGAGCUUCUGUAUUUUUGUGUAAGCUAGUGAAUGGAAAUCAAUUUUACAGUAAAUUUAUUUAAAUCUGCAUCUUGGAUACCAUAUUACAGUAUUAAUAUACCCCUUACCAGAAUUGUAUUUGCAAUUACUACUUGGAAAGUCGAAUUUGUAAUAGAAAGUUUAUUGAAAAAUGUUUUUCCAAAAUCCAUUCACAUCUUAGAGUUUCCAAAAUGAUCUUCAAGUUGAGCAUGGAAGUAUAUUUUUGGGUGGGUGACAAAACACUGAAAAACUCUUCAAAAGAAAAAUGUUUUAUUUUUGUACACCUGAAUUAAUCAUUUUACGGUUUGGAAGUAUAAAUGUAUAUGUAUACACCUGUGUGGGCCUACCUAUAUUUCUAAACAUAUAUUAUAUAUAUAUUGUCUCUAAAGAUUGUCGGUGAAGUGCAUGUUAGUCAAAACAGAUGACUGAAUCACUAAUUUUGAAUUGGAAACCCAAGUUAGAAUUAGAACAAAGCCAAAGUAAUAUAUUUAGUAUUAUUAGACUUUGCCAUGGUGCCAGUGUUUAUAAUGAUAAUAUACUUUACACUUAAGAAUUGAGUUUUCAUUGUGACCUAAAAAAAAUUGAGGGUUUCCUGCCUUUUUUAAAGUAACAUUGACUUAAGUGUAAAUACUUAGAAUUAAAUCACAUCAAGUGAUUCAGACUGUUUUCUUGGGAAUAUAGACCUACUUGGGGAGUAGAGCAGAUUCCUUCCCUUAGAGCAGCCCCACUGUGUGAAGCUGGCUGCUCUCCUUGUCUAGAAUCUUCUAAAGUCCUCAGUUCCAUCCCCCCAAAUCUCAAAAUCGCACCUAACUGUAUAGAUCUAGUCAAGGUGAAUUGCCACACUUUCCUCACCCUUAGGGGUGUAGCUAGUAUCCCCAUCCCUGCUGCUGGGAGGGGUAGUUUACUUUUGAGGUGGAUUACAGCAUAGACCGAGGCACACAUAUUUUAACCGCUGUCUGCAUCUUUCUUGCCUCCCCCUCUAAACUGGGAGCUGGGGUAGGGACAGGACUCACACAUAAAGCAAGAAGAUUAUGAAAACUGGGUAGGGUGGAUAAAUUGCUCCUUUGAGCACCUCCCUCCUCCCUUACACCUGUGGCACCACCAAAACUUCUGCCCACUCAGGCAGCAGCGAAAAGAAAAGAUUCACAAAACAGUGAGUCUGCCCACUCUAGAUUGAGUGAUUUCCCAGAGAAAACAUUUAGAAUCCCAAGGCAGUUGGGUCAGACUUAUUACCUGCUGCUAAGCUGUUUUUCUUGGCUACCACUAUUUAAGUGGUGGGCAAAUCAGAGUUUGGGGCUCACAGUUUUCAGGGCCUUGCUGCUGAAGAAAUUGAAAAGGAAAUUCAUGCUUAUAUUCAAUUAGAAUGUGGAAAUCAUUAUAGUCUCUGAACUUAUUGCAAAUGAAAUUUAUUUGAGACUUGAAUCCAUAUCUUUCCAUUAGAAUAGGUUAAGCAAAAGGAAAAAAGUAUGUUAAACUCUUGGUUUAAAGAUAUAUUGAUUAGUGAAGUUUCUUAGAAUGUGGUGCAAACUGUUCUUUUGCAUUAGUAAUUACACUAAGAAUAUUUAUUUCUCUAAUAAAUACCUGUUGUGGGAAGCUACUAACCAAACUCAAUAUGAAAAGGUGGUUUUUUUAAUAAAUAAUCUAAAUAAAUUGCCAUCUUGACCAAUAACUUUAAAUAGCAAAUUUUGGCCUGGAUAGUAACACUAGCAAAAUUAGCAGGAGAAAAUAUCGGUGAAUUUGUUUUCAACUGAGGGUUAACCGCAGUAUUAUACAAUAAAAAAUAAGUGGCUAAAACUUAUAAAUGCCUUCCUUGAUAUUCUGUACUAACAGAAGUUAAUAACCAUGGAAGAAGUUAGAGUGUAUUUUUAUACGAAUACUCUAUAAACUGGCUGAAAGCCAUGAAGAGUCCCUCCUUCUCUCUACCUGUUGUUUGCAACCAUUUAGGUUUUUACUUUUCCCCACUAGUUUAUUACUCUUCUUUCCCUUCUCAGCCAUACCUGCUCCUUGAAGACACUCUCCUUUUUCAGCCUUCCCAUUAAGCCUUUUGCCCUGCUCUGUUCUACUUGUUCUGCUCCCAAUGCUAACUUCAGGCCUGACAUGAUCAGUUAAACGUGUGUUCAACCAAUUAUCUUGUAUCUAUCCCAGUGUUUAGUGCAGCGUCUGGCAUUGUAGUAAUAUGGUAAAUAAUUAAGGCUUCCUCUCUUCCCUCCCAUCUUCUCUGCUGCUGGCUCAGUUGAAUGGAACAUCUUAUAAAUAGUUUGCUUUGAGUAUAUGCCUGUGUUUGAAAGUGAGUCUAAAAUGGCCCUCUAACUAUCCCCUCACAUCCUUUUAUCAGAUCAGUCACUUACAAAUUGAAAUUUUUGUCUGUCUUAUGGUUUUGCCUCUGGCUGUUAGUUGCUCUGGUGGCAUCUUUGGUUUUAAAUGUUUAGUAUCUUGUUUAUGUAUUUGCAAGAUGUUGAAGUGUCAGCUGUGAAUCUUGACAGUGCUCUAGAUGUCACACAACAACAAAAAAUCUCAAAUUAGUGGUUGGAUGGUUUGCAUCUACAAAUAAAGGUUACAGAAUCAUUUCCUGUGUAAGAAAAA